UGACGGUAAGGACCGAUCCGUCCUUCUUGCCAUUGACUGGCCUCACUUGUGUUCGGAUCUAUUCGUCUUCUUCUUCCAUCGCUUCGAAACCCUAAUCUUUAUUCGACUUCGGACUGAGAAAGAUAAUUGCAGAUUGGGGAUCCGUGAUGGCUCGUCUCUAUGUUGGCAAUUUGGACCCCCGAACUACUGCCCGGGAACUUGAAGAUGAGUUUCGAGUAUUUGGGGUUCUGCGAAGGGAAUUUGAAGUCAAGUCAGCUAUUACUGUAAGUGUGUGGGUUGCUAGAAAACCUCCGGGCUUUGCUUUCAUUGAUUUUGAUGAUCGGAGAGAUGCUCAGGAUGCAAUUCGUGAUCUGGAUGGCAAGCAUGGAUGGAGAGUUGAGUUGUCCCAUAACUCUAGCAGCAGCCGUGGUCGUGACCGUCAUGGAGGUUCAGAUAUGAAGUGCUAUGAAUGUGGAGAGCCUGGUCAUUUUGCUCGUGAAUGCCGUUUGCGAAUUGGUCCCGGAGGAUUAGGAAGUGGAAGGCGCCGGAGCCGAAGCAGAAGUAGAAGUCCCAGAUAUCGCCGAAGUCCAAGCUAUGGUCGAAGAAGUCAUAGUCCUCGUGGCCGUUCUCCAAGACAGCGCAGUCCGUCACCUCGUAGGCGCAGUUAUAGCAGGUCACCUUCUAAUGACAAUCGUCGUUCUGAAUCACCACAUACUAAUGGAUACAGGCGUAGCAGGAGCUGAGGACUGUACGUGGUCAUAUGCCUCUCUUUGUGAGCGGUAGCUCCCUGGGCUAAUGUCGAAAUGAAAUGUCUUCUAUUUGAUCAACACUCGACAACUUGAAUUUGGAUAAGUCUCUUUGAACUUUAUUUAACAUAUACCUGUCUUUCAUAAAACACCAAGAACUAAUGGUAUUUGGUUAUGAAAUAGACAUUGAUGCUACUAGGAUGGUGAAUUGCAACUAAGCUCUAUGUAUUCUUUUCUUUUGUGUGUCGAGGAGGCGUGAUCCUGCUUUAGUGA